UCAGAACCAAAAUAUAUGAAUACAAAGGCCCUUAGUUUAUAAAAGAAUAGAGUGAAUUCGGAACAAUUGAAAUUAUUGCAAAGAGAUGUACCUCAUAUAAUAAACCCAUUCUAGCCCUAAUUACUUAAAUUAGCCCAAUAAUUGAACAGAAAUCGAACACAAUCAAAUAUUUCGACGCAGAAACAAACCAAAAUAGGCAAUCAAACUGUUUCCAGAAUCAAAUUGGACUCUUUAAAAGUAGAUGGUCUCGAUGAUCCUUCAUUUUAAAAAGAAGAACAAGCAAAAUAAAAAUAGACUAUUACAAGUAGAUCCGCUCAAUUCACAAGAAAAAUCACAUUGAACAAUCAUAUUACAAUAAAGAAAAUCCAUCAUGGGAACUACUUUUUUGAUAAAAUAAAAGAAAUUUUAAUGAGUGACCUAAGAGAUAAUUCACCUUUAAAAAAAAUGGGUAGGGAUGCUCUUAAUUAAAUACAUAUGAUGAUUACAUAUCAAGAAUUUAUCCCUGAAGUUUCUCUAUUAUAUUAAGGGAAAUCAUAAAAAAAGUUAAAAAUAGCCUUUGAUCUCGAUGAGACUCUCAUUCAUACGGAACCAAUACAAAAGGAUAAAGUAUAUGAUUAUCAAAACAAUGAAUUCGGAGUUUUUAUCAGACCCUACUGUCGCCAUGUGCUAAAAGAAUUGAGUCUAUUGGCCGAUUUAUUUGUUUUUACUUCUGCUAAUUAAAAAUAUGCAAAGACUGUAAAAAUAUUAUUAAAUUAAUACAGAUAAUCAAUCUCAUUGAUCCAGAAAGCGCAUUCUUUAAAGGGCAUUUUUGUAGAAAUCACUGCAUUACUCUAUAAAGCAGGAUUUAACUCAAACAUUUAGGAAUUUUAACAAACGACUACUCAAACAUAGUAAUAAUAGACAACAGUCCAAUAUUUUAUAUGUAAUCUCUUUAGUUUAACUGAUUUAGGGGUUAGCCAUAUAAUGGAAUUCCAAUAGCUCCUUAUAUCGAUGAUAAAAAUGAUAAUGAACUACUGAAAUUGUUAAAUUUUGUUACUGAAAAAAUUGUAUAAUCAGACGAUGUUAGAAUUACAAUUAGACGGUUCUUUCAAUACGAUAUGUUUAGACAAUUUUCCGAUGGGGUCUAAGCAUUCAACAUUUUAUAUAAUUGA